GCCAAAGGACUGAAAGCUGCCUGGGUGCCGAGAAGAUGGCCUCCCCAGGUGCCCCAGGGACCCGCAUGACAUCCACAGUCAGCAUCAACAUUUCUACCCCUUCCUUCUACAACCCGCAGAAGAAGUUUGCACCUGUGGUCGCCCCUAAACCCAAGGUGAACCCCUUCAAGGCUGGGGGUGCGUCAGAGUCGUCGCUGCCCGCGCCUCCCGGAGCUGGUGCCCAGCGUGCUCAGAUAGGGAAGGUGGGGGAGAUUCCAUCAGCGUCCACGUCCCAGCUGGCAGAAGAGCUGCCGCUGCCACCUCCUCCCCCACCUGGAGAGGAGGCAAGUUUCUCCUCAAACUGUGCUUUUCCCCCGCCCCCACCACCCUUUGAAGAGCCUUUUCCACCAGCCCCAGAAGAAGCUUUUCCUUCUCCUCCUCCUCCACCGCCGCCGCCAAUGUUUGAUGAAGGGCCUGUGAGCAAGGUACCUGCCCCACAGAUAUCUCCAGGAUCCACAGGUUCUCUGGAGAAGCCAUCGGCCCCAAAAGCCCAUGUGGAAGUACCAUCUGCACCCAGAGAUACUCCUCAUUCCUUUCCUUCCAAGUUCACUCCAAAGCCAAGUGGAAGCUUAUCUUUCAAGCCCCCUGGAGUGGAUUUGACGCCUGCCCCAACCCCAUGGGCAGCCCCGCAGCAACGCAAGGAGCCCCUAGCACCAGUCCCUCCACCCCCCUCUCUCCCUCCUGCUCAGACUACCCCUAAAUUCACCCCACCCCCUGUUGCAGGCUCUCCGAAGUCUGGGUCCAAAGCAGGUGCCAAUGUUCCCAUGGCUCCCUCAAACUCCACAAGAUAUCCUACCUCCCUUCAGACUCAGUUCACAGCCCCUUCACCUUCAGGUCCCUCCUCUAGGCCACAGCCUCCCAAUUUCACCUAUGCCCAGCAGAGGGAAAGACCCCAAGUGCAGGAGAAGCCACGUCCCACAGAACAACCUGCUGCUGCAAAAGACACGCAUAGACCUGCAGGCUCCAGUGCAGAUCCACCUAGGGGAAAUUCCUGUCUGACCAUGAAGGAGGUAGAAGAGCUGGAGAUGUUGACCCAGAAGCUAAUGAAGGAUAUGGAGCAUCCACCCCCAGCAGAGGCUGCUACUUCUGAGCUCUGCGGCUUCUGCCGGAAGCCUCUGUCGCGAACCCAGCCAGCUGUGAGGGCCCUGGACUGCCUUUUCCACAUGGAAUGCUUCACCUGCUUCAAAUGUGAGAAACAGCUGCAGGGGCAGCAGUUCUACAAUGUGGAUGAGAAGCCCUUCUGUGAGGACUGCUAUGCUGGGACCUUGGAAAAGUGCAGCGUCUGCAAACAGACCAUCACAGACCGGAUGCUGAAGGCGACUGGUAACUCAUACCAUCCCCAGUGCUUCACCUGCGUGAUGUGCCAUACCCCUCUUGAGGGGGCCUCUUUUAUUGUGGACCAGGCCAACCAGCCUCACUGUGUGGAUGACUACCACAGGAAGUAUGCUCCACGCUGCUCAGUCUGUAGUGAGCCUAUCAUGCCAGAGCCUGGAAAGGAUGAGACGGUGCGUGUGGUGGCAUUGGAGAAGAAUUUCCACAUGAAAUGUUACAAGUGUGAGGACUGUGGGAAGCCCUUGUCCAUUGAAGCAGACGAGAACGGGUGCUUUCCACUGGAUGGGCACGUGCUGUGUAUGAAGUGUCACACUGUUCGUGCCAAAACGGCACGCUGAGGAGCUUGGAGUGGGCAUACCCUCGAGACCCCCGCACUCGAUACUCUUCCCCUCCCUGCCAUUUUCCUGUCCCUCUGCCUGACAAGGCAGAUUGCUACCAAUGGAGACUAUGCCAGCGCAGUUCUUUACUCAUGUAGGAUUCACUGCUCCUAGACUUCACUCUGCACACCCACCAAGAAAGGACCUCUUCUCCUGUCGCCUCUUCCUGGCCACAGCAUAUUCCAGGCUGGGAGCUGUGACCAAGGUGAGUGCAAAAUCUCUGUUCCCUUAAGACUCUGGAGGAGAAAGACCAGACCUCCACCCCACCACGACCUGGUGGAAGGUGCUGGGAAGGGCUGAGCAUUCUUCUGUUCCAUGGAGCCAAGAAUGAUGAUUUGACCUUAGAAAGUGGAAGCCUCCAUCUCAGCACUACUUCGGUUUUUGAUUUUAUUUUUGCCACCUCAUUAUCAGGAUUUCUUCCCCUGACCCCUCCCUCACUCCUGGGUUAGAGUGUGGAGGCAGAACAUACUGGGAAUCUCUGUUGCUGGAAAAAGCUAACCUACUAUAGCUUUUCUGUCUCUAAUGGAUUUUACUGGCUAACUGUCUUGUCACUUUUUUUUUCCUUAGCCAGAUUAAACUGGCAAUGUUUGGAAUCCUGCUCCAUUCCUGAGUUUGGAAACUUUUUUUAAAAAUCUUUUUCCCUCCCCAAAAUGAAUUGUUUCCCAGUGUGGUUUCUGGACAGCCAGGCUGGGCACCAGAGUAGCAAAGCAGUCCAAAGAAUGCAUGUUUACAAAUAAAGACCGUCAUAGGGACGGGCAGCACGUGGUGAGGAGGCGUCUCAGUGCAUGGAUGAGGAUUCAGCAGACUGAGGGACGUCUCCCGUUCCAGUAGGGAUUCUUUCACUGCUGUCAGUGAAAGCUGCAGUGUAAUUGCAACGUACUGUCUGGCUCGAGGUGUUACUGCACUGAGCCCCAUUUCCUGGACUAAAAGCUCUCAAACUGAACAAACCUUUUGAAUAAGUACGCUGUCCAACCACUGUUUGCAUUCAAUAAAAUGUGGGUUUUUUC